GCAAGCGACUCCGUUGGCCGUUGCAGCGUAGCGAAAGUUUUACCAUUUGGAUUUUUGGGUGCCGGCCGCCGCCCAGCCCACCGUGAUCCAGCCGCCGGCUACCUGUUCGUCAGUUCCCGGCGACAAUCAGCUGCCUCCACCUCUUGUCUCUUCCUUCCUUUCCCUCUUCCACGCUCCAGAAACAACCUCUACUUUUACCAGCUGCAUUUAGUUCAAUUCAGACUUCCGGUGAUUGUUGGUUCAGUGCUUGCAAUGAGUGAACCUCCUCGGUACCCGCCAGUCGACCCAACAACAUUUGACCUCAUUGUCAUCGGGACGGGUUUGCCUGAGUCUGUGAUUGCAGCUGCAGCUUCCACUUCUGGGAAAUCAGUCCUUCAUCUUGAUCCAAACCCCUUUUAUGGCUCUCAUUUCGCGUCUCUAUCCAUUCCAGAACUCACCUCUUUCUUGAAUUCCAGCUCUGCUCCUCUCGACUCCCUAUCAUCCUCACAUGCUGCUGACGGUGCAACUGAAGACCCUAAUUUUUCUAUCAUCAAUCUCAGUUGCCGAUCUCUUUACUCGGAUGUUGAGAUCUCCUCUUUGUCCCCAACGUUAUUGGAAGAAUGCUCUAGAAAGUUCCUUCUGGAUGUAUCUGGUCCUAGGGUAUUAUUUUGUGCAGACAAGGCCAUUGAUCUUAUGAUGAAAUCCGAGGCAAGCCAGUAUGUGGAAUUUAAGGGCAUUGAUGCCAGCUUCAUUGGUGAUGGGAACGGGGCAUUAUCGGCAGUUCCUGAUUCCAGGGCUGCAAUAUUUAAGGAUAAGAGUUUGAACUUGAUUCAGAAGAAUCAGUUGAUGAGGUUCUUUAAACUGGUACAAGGGCACUUAAGAGCUACAGCAGCAGCAGCAUCUACUAUCGAUGAAAACCAAAAUGAAGAAGGUGAAGUACAAGAGGCUGCAAGCAUGAUAUCAGAGGAAGAUUUGGAGAGUCCUUUCGUCGACUUCUUGACAAAAAUGCAGCUGCCACCAAAGAUUAAAUCGUACACACUGCUGUUCCUGCCUUUCUCUGUUCAUUAAAUCAUACUAUAUGCUAUAGCCAUGGUGGACCACGAUCAGGAGAACAGGGAAAUUUCUAAGCACCUACUUAAAACAAAAGAUGGAGUUGAUCGUUUAGCUCGCUAUCAGUCAUCAAUUGGAAGGUUUGCAAAUGCAUAUGGGCCUUUUAUUUAUCCUAUAUACGGUCAAGGGGAACUACCACAAGCAUUUUGCCGUCGAGCAGCCGUGAAGGGUUGCAUUUAUGUGUUGCGGAUGGGAGUGGUUGGCUUACUUGUGGAAAAGAGUAGUGGCAGUUACAAGGGUGUAAAGCUGGCUUCUGGUCAGGAGUUGUUUAGCAAUAAACUUCUUCUGAAUCCAGCAUUUACUAUUUCUUCACCAAGUACAUCUCCAGCGGAUCCUCUCUGCGUAAAAUCUCCGCAUCUAACUGUCCAAACAGUCAAAAGCAAGGUGGUUAGGGGAAUUUGCAUUACAAAACGUUCUUUGAAGCCAGGCAUAUCAAAUCUUUUGGUUUUAUAUCCUCCUCAAUCAUUGUACCCAGAGCAGUUCACACCAAUUCGAGUUCUUCAGAUUGGUGGCAACUCAGCCAUAUGUCCCGUGGGAAUGUUUGUACUCUACCUUUCGGCUUUGUGCGAGGAUGGUGCUGAAGGGAAGAAGCUGCUGAAUGGAGCCAUGAGUGCGUUGCUAGCUUUCCCUGAUUGUUCCAAGUCUGAUUCCGUUGUUCAUGAUGAAAAUGUUAGCCAGACAGUUGGUUCCGAGGAAGGCAAACCGGCACUGCUUUGGAGUGCAUUGUAUGUUCAGGAGCUGCAACCUAUGGGACAAUCCGAUUUCAUCACUUCCACGCCCACCCCCGAUGGAGAUCUGGACUACAGUUCACUUUUCGAUGCUACACUAGAGCUGUUUCAAACAAUGUAUCCAAACACCGAUGUUUUUCCAGAGACGAGCUCAUCCGAGGAGCAUGGUGGAGAGAAUCUGGAGAGUUGAAAUCCAAAGGCAGUCCCAAUUCCUUCUUUUCUGGUGUUGUGAAUAUAUGUUUUGAUUGUCUCAUGAUUGGUAAUCUUCGCUUGAAUAGUUUGUUGUAACUUAAGCUCGGCACUGGAAGGCAUGGGCUGGCUGUUGUAAUCUUGUUAAAACAGAAUCUAGUGCAGAGAACUGAACCUAGUGUGGUUUCCGGCUUUCCGCUGGAGGGUCUGUUGAUGACUUGAGGAAAGUCUAAUGGAGAGAACUGCAACGAGUCAAUUUGAAUUAUUUGUCCCUACCCAUGACCAAUGUAGUCAAAUGCGAGUUUCUACGUAGAAAAGUUUUGGUGAUCUA